GUGUCACUAUAACAGAAGGACAUAAUCACGGUGGUGAGUUUGCAGAACCUUACAGCCUGUCUUGGCCAACAGGGAGCUCACUUCAUUCAGCUUUUCUGAGGUUUUAAAGUCUACUGCCACCAUGUCUGACGCAGAGGAAGUUGAGCAGGUCGAGGAAUACGAUGAGGAGAAGCCAAAGUUCAAGCCCAGCGCUCCCAAGAUCCCAGAUGGUGAUAAAGUGGACUUUGAUGACAUCCAGAAGAAACGUCAGAACAAGGAUCUGAUGGAGCUGCAGGCCCUGAUUGACGCUCACUUUGAGUGCAGGAAGAAGGAGGAGGAGGAGCUGAUCGCACUCAAGGAGAGGAUUGAGAAGCGUCGCGCUGAGAGGGCUGAGCAGCAGAGGGUCCGAGCUGAGAAGGACAAGGAGCGCCAGGCCAGACGUGAGGAGGAGAGGCGGAUAAGGGAGGAGACUGAUGCCAAGAAGAAGGCUGAUGAGGAGGCCAAGAAGAAGUCAGCUCUGUCCGGCAUGGGUUCCAACUACAGCAGCCACCUGCAGAAGGCUGACCAGAAGAGAGGAGGAAAGAAAGAGACUGAGAGGGAGAAGAAGAAGAAGAUCUUGGCCGCCAGGCGCAAGGCACUCAACAUCGACCACCUGAGCGAGGACAAGUUGAAGGAAAAGAUCAAUGAAUUCAGUGACUGGAUGCGUCAGCUGGAGUCUGAGAAGUUUGACCACAUGGAGAGACUGAAGCUGCAGAAGUAUGAGGUUACAAGACUGCGCAAGAGAGUGGAAGAGCUCAGUAAAUUCAGCAAGAAAGGUGCCGCAGCCCGCCGCAGAAAGUAGACAGGCUGAACCCACGAGUGCUUGCAAACCAAACUGCCAUCACCAUGGACACACGCAGGAUGAAGCAAAUCACACUGUGGAGAAGGUUGCACCUCUGAAGAAACUAGUAACGCUGAGGUCCGCCCUGCGAUUUCUCAGCCAUGUCCUGAAGAAACAAGGAGCCUUUAGCCGCCGUUUAAUAGGAAGAAAACACUACUCAACAUGCUUGCCAUCACGCCUCCUCACCCUCAACUCUGUGGUUCUCAGUAAUUUUGUAAAUAAAGUGUGACUCUUCAAGCCAUGUCUGUAGUUAUCAGAAGCCAAUAAAGUUCCUUCUUUUCAGA